AGAAGGUGGGCAGAGGGUCCUGGCACCGCGGAUGCUGCGGGCUGGCAGCCCCCGCCCCCCCAGGCCAGAUCCUGCUCCCCGGGAACCACAGGCCACACCAAAGUCCUUUCUUCUUCUCUCCACUUAAAGAAUAAGGUUUGUUUUUCUGCUGUAGAAAACUUGGGGCACGUAGAAACGCCCUAGGAGACACUGACCUCCCCCUGGGUCAUCCUAUCAGGCAGCCAGAGAGCAGGGACUGUGCCCUGACCAGGGUGACCUUGGACCAGUCACCGCCUGCAGGGGAGGCCCAGGCUGCCUUGGGCUCCAGCUGCUUGAAACCCUUUCGCCUGCUUUGGGGAGGUCCAGCCAGGCAGCAUCAGUCUCACGCCCUCUAGGACCCCCCACCACUUCCGCCCUGGCGCUCCAGGACCCCGGCCCCGUGCGGGAGGGAGCCAGCCUGGUCCGAGUGGUCCCGGGUCAGCGUGGGAGGAUGCCUGCCGGGUCCUGCCCUUGCUGAGGGCAUGGCUGGCCUCAGCUCCCUCCCGGGCAGAGGGGGUGCAACCCUGAAACUCACAGGUUGCAGUGGGACCCUCUGAGCCCAGAGGCCCUGCCCGUCUGGGCCUGCCGGGUGUGGUGGACCCAGCCCAGCCCUGGGCAAGGUGGGAGCUGAGGGGUUGGAGGACCACUCCCUACGCCGGAACGCGGGGUGAGCAUCUGCCCCCAGCCCUGAGGAAGGGCCUUGACCCAGAGACCCAGAACAGUGCGCCAGGCCCUCUGAGCUCUGCCCAGGAACGGUGGGAGCGGGGGGGUUUGGGCCUGUUCCCCUGGGGCUGGCUCAGAGGGAGACCCCUGUCUGAGCCCAGCCCGCCCCAGGCAGUGUGGCCAUUCGCCCUGAGCCUGAGACUCCCCACCUGUGAAACACCCUCUGGGCUGGUGGCGAGGGGCAUUUGGCUGUGGGCCGUUGUGCUGUUACCAACCCCUGAGCAACUCCCCCUACCCUUCAAGUGGCUCCACUGGGGAGCUGGUCCUCUCCUGCCCCUGCAAAGCCCCAGCCCAGGCCUGGGGGGGCUCAUACUCCAGACUUGCCAGUCUGCCCCCCCAGAGCCUGAGUGGACCAGAGCGUACCCUGGGGGCCCCAGGGGAAUCGGGGAUGGCUGCAGGGGAGUGGCCAGACAGGGAGCCCUGGUGGGUCUGGCUGUGGAGUGGGCAGUGCCUGGGCUGGGCCCCUAGUUCUGGAUCACUUUGUCCAACCCAGGCAGCCCCUGGGUCCAGCGAUGGCCACAGCCUGCCCACCUCUUGGCUGUCCCCUAGACCCCCAGCCCGUGCUGGACCUCCCUGCUCGGCCUGCCAUGGGCAUGCUCCCCUGGGCCAGAAGUUCUGCGACCUCAUCCCGACAGCACCCCCCCUCCAGCACCGCCCCCUACUGUUUCUCUGCUUUCCUGUUUUUCGUUUUGCACAAAUCUGACGGAAACAGAUGCAGUGCCAGGGACAAGAGGGCCCGAGGGGGCGGGGGCCCAACCUGGGCCAUGGCUGUCUCCAGCAGAGCUGUGUGCCUCCCCCAGCUCCCUGGAGUCCUCCCGCCCAGCCCCUCCUGGGGUGGCUGCCCAGGGAGCUGGUGCCAGGGAAGCAGGAGUGGGCUGGGGGAGGGGUUCCACCCAGCUGCCCAGGCUGGGCCUUGUCCUCGAUGGGGAGCGGUGGCCCCAUUUCUCAGAGGAGGAGGCUCCUGGCCCAGUUCCUCAGGACUGAGCAGGGCUGCAGCCCAUGGCUCCUGACUGUGGCUCUGCCCUGGGGCUGUGGGGCGUGUGGCCAGAAGGUCCUGGGAGGGGGACAUGGCUUGGCCCAGUGGUCAGCCUCUCUCUGGUGGCAGGUGGACAGGAGGCCACGGGGGUGCUUGGUGCCAGCAUCAGGGCCUCCUCUGGGGGGAGGCUGGCCCCCAAGUCUGUGCCCUCCUGUGCUCCGCUGUGGGUCAAGGAUGUCUGAGAUCCCGCAUGAGACAAGCCACCUGGUAGACAGCACCCCAUGAGGGCUACAGUUUGCCAGGGCAGGGGGUUGGGGAGGGAGGUCAUACCCAGCUGUCCCUUGCUGUCACCCUUGGAACCCUGGCUGGGAGGGCUGGAUGGGAGACAGUGCCCCCAGCACCUGAGCCAGGAUGCUAGGACCUUCACACCUGUGACUCUACUUGCCAGCAGGGGAAACCGAGGCAGAGGGCUGAGGCGGAGUGACCCAGAGCCCUCUGUAAGCACAGUUCCAAGGCCCAGCCCAGACAUCUGGGUUGAUGCCUCUGGCAGUGGGGCAGGGCUUCUUAUAUUUUUUUAAUUGUGCUGAAAUACACACAACAUUUACCAUUUUAACUAUUUUUACGUGCACAGUUCAGUGUCAUUAAGGACAUUCCCGUUGCUGUGCCGCCGUCACCACCGUCCACCCAAAGAACGUUUCCAUCCUCCCAGCCUGCUGCUCUGUCCCCCUGAAACACCGACUCCCCCUCCCCCGCCCCACGCCAGCCCCCACCUUUCUUCCUGACUCUAUGGACUUGACGACUCUGGGGACCUCAGAAAGGUGGAAUCGGACACGAUAUGUCCUCCUGUGACUGCCCACCUCACUGAGCGCGACGCCCUGCAGGUUCACCCCCGUCGUAGCGUGUGUCAAAAUUUCCUUCCUGUUGAGGCCAGACACCCCCUGCACCCCCACGGGUGCUGGGGCUGCGUCCACCCUUGGCCGUUGUGAACCGGGCGGCCACCGCCUCCAGCCCCUCCGCACUACAGCUACAGCGGGAAAGGCAGUGUCGCUUGGGGGCUUGGGGCCGGUGGACCCUCCCCACCCGCCAGGUGCUGCUCACGGGAGCUGGUGCAAAAGUGAAAACAAUAGGACAUUCGAGCAAGACAGGAGAGUUUCUGUGAAGUAUCUUUAUUCAGCAAAAUAAAGCACUGGCCACCCUCUGCCUCCUCAUUUUGAAAUGUAUUUUUACUGCCCAUGAAAUGUAAGUCUGGGAGGCCCCUCCCCUGACUGUAGGCUGCACGCCGGGGAGGGAGCUGGGAGGGGGCGCUGAGCUGGGGGCGGACGUGGCCCUGGAAGCCAGAGGGGGUGCUGGUGGCCAAGGGGUCCCGAGGCUCCUUAUCUAUGAAGUGGGGGUCAGGGCACCCCCAAAUGCAGGGCACUGGCAGCACUUCCUCACAUGGCUCUCUCCCCGAGCAGGGGCGGCUCCCGGGCCUCAGGGUCAAGUCUGUCUUCCUGGUCUGGCUGGGCAUCUUUGCGGGCAGCUGGAUGGUGUACCUGCACUACUCGUCCUACUCAGAGCUGUGUCGCGGCCGCAUCUGCCAGGUGGUCAUUUGUGACCAGUACCGCAAGGGCACCAUCUCGGGCUCUGUCUGCCAGGACCUGUGCGAGCUGCACAAGGUGGAGUGGAGGACCUGCCUGUCAUCUGCCCCUGGCCAGCAGGUGUACAGCGGGCUCUGGAGGGACAAGGAUGUGACCAUCAAGUGUGGCAUUGAGGAGGCCCUCGACUCUAAGGCCCGGCCGGAUGUGGCCCCCCGACGGGAGCUGGUGCUGUUUGAUAAGCCCACCCGGGGCACCUCAAUUAAGGAAUUCCGGGAGAUGACCCUCAGCUUCCUCAAGGAGAACCUGGGAGACCUGCCCUCGCUGCCAGCGCUGGUUGGCCAGGUCCUGCUCAUGGCUGACUUCAACAAGGACAGCCGGGUGUCCCUGGCCGAAGCCAAGUCCGUGUGGGCCCUGCUGCAGCGCAACGAGUUCCUGCUGCUGCUGUCCCUGCAGGAGAAGGAGCACGCCUCCAGGCUGCUGGGCUACUGCGGGGACCUCUACCUCACUGAAGGCAUCCCCCACGGGCCCUGGCACGUGGCCGCACUACCGCCCCUGCUGCGCCCACUGCUGCCGCCCGCCCUGCACGGUGCCCUCCAGCAGUGGCUGGGGCCUGCGUGGCCCUGGCGGGCCAAGAUCGCCAUCGGCCUGCUGGAGUUCGUGGAGGAGCUCUUCCACGGCUCCUAUGGGACCUUCUACAUGUGCGAGACCACGCUGGCCAACGUGGGCUACACGGCCACCUACGACUUCAAGAUGGCCGACCUGCAGCAGGUGGCACCGGAGGCUGCCGUGCGCCGCUUCCUUCAGGGCCGCCGCUGCGAGCACAGCGCCGACUGCACCUACGGGCGCGACUGCAGGGCCCCUUGCGACAGGCUCAUGAGGCAGUGCAAGGGCGACCUCAUCCAGCCCAACCUGGCCAAGGUGUGUGAGCUGCUGCGGGACUACCUGCUGCCCGGCGCCCCCGCCGACCUCCGCGAGGAGCUGGGCUCGCAGCUGCGCACCUGCACCACGCUGAGCGGGCUGGCCAGCCAGGUGGAGGCCCACCACUCGCUGGUGCUCAGCCACCUCAAGACGCUGCUCUGGAAGAAGAUCUCCAACACCAAGUACUCCUAACACCACAGGCUCUGCCCUCCUCCCUGGUCACCCUAGGGGACCAGCCCCACAGCGGCCUCUCCUUCCUCCCCCAAGCGACAUCACAGAACUGUCCCCACAGCAUCAGGGCUCCCUGGGUUGCAGCAGCCCAGAUGGACCCUCUGAGCUCAAAGAGCAGCUGUAUGAUGAGGGCAGGAUGAGCCUGGAGCUGACCCAAGGGGGACCUGCCAGGCCCAGUCGGGCUUCGUUACUCUGAAGAACAUCAUGUAAAUAAACACCUUUUAUGUGA